AUGUUUAGACAGAUUUUGGUCGACGAACGCGAUCAAUCACUUCAACAAAUACUCUGGUUCAACCAACAAGGCCAAAUAACUCUAUAUAAACUCACCACGGUCACCUACAGGAUUAGACCAGCCCUAUAUUUGGCCGUUCGUGCUCUACUUCAAUUGGUUGAAGACGAAGGACAUCGAUUUCCUCUGGCGAUCAUUCCACUCACCCACGGGAGAUAUGUUGACGAUAUAUUUGGUGGUGCCGAUGACUUGAACUCAUUACAACAAGUUGCUGAUCAACUUGAAGCACUCUGCAAGGCGGGCGGAUUCCUUCUUGCUAAAUGGGCAAGCAAUCAUCCAAAAUUACCACAACUCAAUCAUGUGGAAGCGAUCAAGAAUCACAAAUUCGAGGAUUCAGACUCCAGCACCAAGAUUCUGGGCAUGUACUGGUCCUCACACUCAGAUCAGUUCUAUUUCACGAACUCACCACCAUGCUCAACUCAAAAAUUUACAAAAAGGAUCAUUUUAUCAGAGAUUGCUCAAAUCUUUGCUCCUCUUGGAUUUCUCGCACCACUCAUCAUUCAAGCCAAGGUAUUCAUGCAGGAGCUUUGGCUCGAAAAGCUCAGCUGGGACACUCCAUCGACAGCCAAUCACCGGCAUGAAUGGAGAAACUUCAAGAAUGAACUCAAGCUCAUAUCUGAAAUCAAAAUUCCAAGAUGGAUCCACUCAUCCACGUGCUCAACCACCGAAAUCCAUGGAUUCUCGGACGCCUUUCAAUUGGCAAUGGCAGCUGCCGUGUUCAUCAAAGUCCACACACCUGCUCAUGGAGUCAGAGUUACGCUGCUCUGCUUUAAAACCAAGGUAGCUCCGUUAAAACGACUAACGAUACCAAGGUUAGAACUCACCGCAGCUCACAUGUUGGCAAAACUCACAAAACACUGCCAGAGCACUCUAAAUCUCACUCAAUCGCCAACAUACUUGUGGACGGACUCAACAAUUACACUCACGUGGAUUAAAUCUCAUCCGUCUCGCUGGAAGGAGUUUGUUCGGAAUAGGGUGUCACAUAUUCAAGAUCUACUUCCAGUUGGCCACUGGAAUUUCAUUCCUGGCACACAAAAUCCAGCAGACUGCGCAACACGAGUGUUGACACCUACUCAACUCCGUGAUCAUCAACUAUGGUGGACUGGCCCACCAUGGUUGCUCAAGAGUUCAUCGUCCUGGCCUAAAUGUCCAUCAAUCGAUGAUACAGGAGCUCAAGCAGAAGAACGGCCUGGACUGGCCCUGUUCUCAUCGAAUUCAUCACUGAAAUCAAAUUGGCCUAUCAUGGAACGGCCAAUACCACUCCUACGCAUGUUACGAGCUACUGCAAUCUGCUUUAGACUCCGUGACAUGAUCAAGAAAUCACCAAACUCAUCACUCAAGGCUCCCAUUACUUCUGACGAAGUAAUUUCUGCACUCAACUUCUGUAUCAAAGAAACUCAACGCAUUCAUUUUUCAAACGAGAUCAACAUGUACUCCAAACACGCACCAUGGCCUAAUGGUCAUCCAUUAGCUCGAUUGGUUGCAUUCAUUGACACCGACGGCAUCAUUCGAGUAGGUGGACGGUUGGAAAAUUCUCCAAAUCAAGACCAAAGUAAGCAUCCUGCUAUUCUACCACGGAAUGCGGCACUCACUAAACUCAUCAUCUCUGAUGCUCAUCAGCGUACCAUGCAUGGUGGUACUCAACUUCCUCUUGCAUCCAUACGACAAAAGUACUGGAUCAUUGGCGGUAGACAACUAGUACGCUCCAUUAUACUCAAAUGUAUAAAAUGCGUACGAUAUCGUGGUGAUAAAGCUCAACAAUUCAUGGGUCAGCUACCAGUAUCACGAGUCACUCCAUCAUUUGCAUUCACUCGCACUGGAGUUGACUAUGCCGGUCCAAUAACGCUCAUAAAUUGGAGACGCAGAGGAGCAAAAACAUACAAAGGCUGGAUUUGUGUUUUUGUCUGCCUUUCUACGUCAGCAUUACAUCUAGAGGUAGUCAGCGACUACGGCUCUAGUGGGUUCAUCGCAGCACUCCGCAGAUUUAUCAGCCGACGAGGCAUCUGCACAGCACUCUACAGCGAUUGUGGAACGACGUUCAAAGGCGCUGAAACUGAUCUCAACCGUCUGUUCACUCAAGGAACUCAAGAGUUAAGAGAAAUACUGGAUCACAUCACUGUGAACAGUAUUGCCUGGCAUUUCAAUCCACCAGCAGCUCCACACAUGGGUGGAAAGUGGGAAGCUGCUGUCAAAUCACUCAAACAUCAUCUUACUCGAUCAGUGGGAGAGUCUUCAUUUACGUUUGAAGAAUUUACGACUUUUCUUACGCAAAUUGAAGCUAUAUUGAAUUCAAGACCAUUGGAGCCACUCACGGAAGAUCCAGAUGAUAUAGAUGCACUCACUCCUGGUCACCUCAUAAUUGGACGAGCACUCAACAUGAUUCCUGAACCAGCACUCAUCGAUACAAAUAGUUCUCAAUUGUCUAGAUGGCAAUUCCUACAACAACGUGUUCAACAGUUCUGGAAUCAUAAAGGGUUCAUAACUCUCUAG